GUGGCUUCAUCAUGUCUUCCGGCCUCGUUUCCGAGCUUUGCGCAACCGGGCACUUACACUACAAAACAGAGACCCAUAAGACCAAUUGACAACGUGUUGCCCGGCCGCUUCCUGUUCUCUGUCCCAUCUCAACAUUGACUCUGAUCUCUUCAAAACCAUCGCGUAAAAGUGCCAACAGUAGCAGCCGUGCUGAGUCUGGACCUGCUGCUCGCUGUCAUCAACAAAACCAGAGCUCGAGCUACUUAAGCUUCAACCCACCAAUUUGCUGCAUCCAAUAAGACCAUGUCCGACACUGACAGCUCGGAACAUCUGCGACGAGAACACGACGGACAACGCAGACCGCCGCCGCAACUGCAACUGCAACAGAAGCAGCCCGAAUCGGGAGGCGCAAUGGCUGCGGGUGCUGCUUCUAGUGGUGCCCAAUCGAGGGCGAAGGGGAGCUCCAGUCCCUCCAGAGACAGGCGGGCCAGCUCGUCCAGGGGAACGGCCCCACCCAUUUUUUUUCCGGCCGUGUGUGGACUCCUCCUGGCCGUCCUCCUUUUCUAUCUCGGCCGCCUCGCCUUCUUCCCGACCUGUGCUCCUUCUCCUCCUCCUCCAUCAUCUAUCACCAUCCCCAAUCAAACCUAUACUCCCUCACCGGAACUACCCAUAAUCAAAAUGUCCAACCAGGAGCAGACCUUCAUUGCCGUCAAGCCCGAUGGCGUCCAGCGUGGCCUCGUUGGCAACAUCAUCUCUCGCUUCGAGAACCGCGGCUUCAAGCUCGUUGCCAUGAAGCUCACCCAGCCCGGCCAGGCCCACCUCGAGAAGCACUACGAGGACCUCAACACCAAGCCCUUCUUCGCUGGCCUCAUCAAGUACAUGAACUCCGGCCCCAUCUGCGCCAUGGUUUGGGAGGGCAAGGACGCCGUCAAGACCGGCCGCACCAUCCUCGGUGCCACCAACCCCCUCGCCUCCGCUCCCGGCACCAUCCGUGGUGACUUUGCUCUCGACAUGGGCCGCAACGUCUGCCACGGCUCCGACUCCGUCGAGAACGCCAAGAAGGAGAUUGCCCUCUGGUUCAAGCCCGAGGAGCUCAACCAGUGGAACCACCACUCCGCUGCCUGGAUCUUCGAGUAAGCGUUUGCUUACAAGAAGCCUGACAGCCUCCCGCUGCUUGCUUAACCUCAAGCAACGGUAUAUCUAAAGGUAUCAUGUCUGUUCCGGUUACAUAAUGGAGGGAUAUAGAGAGCCUGGAUGAUGAAAAUAAUAAGAAAUAAUUUCCAAAACUGCCUGGUCCUUGUUCGGUGAUCGUGAGGGUUUGAGUUUGUUUCCUGUUGUUGCCAUGGCAAUGCUAUGCAACACUUGAUGAGAUGAGCUCGACAUAACGCCCACCCGCAGAGCAGCAAUCAUCUCGUUUGGUGUUCGGAACGUCCGAGCUGUCAAAGCAGCAAUGACAACAACCAAGGGGCCGCAAGACCGCCGACAGGGGCAGGUAAACAAUCGGUUCGUCGCAACUUGACUACCUUCUACUGUCAAGGCUCUUGACAUUUGCAAGGUGGAACAAGUCUAACCGAAUCACGAGCCUCUCAGCCUGUCAAUCUGCCACGGUCUCCAUACAUUAUCUGCGGUUGGAUUUUACACUUGAGACUAAAGAUCGCCAAUGGGACCUAGAACAAAGACCUUGAUGGUUUGACGAUUCUAUACCUGCCGUCAAUGUGGUGAAGCUAGCGGUCACUUUGGCUGGAUGAUAUAUCACACUCGCAUACCUUGACAUGAUGCUCAUUUGAGUCCUCGUGCUUGGGGAUUCUUCGGCGCAUCCGAUCUUGAGAGCUUCCUUAUCUGCCUAUCCUACUGUCC